AUGAAGCUCCUCGCACUCAUCCCACUCCUUGCAACAGCUGCCUUCGCUUCCACGGACUCUUCUGCCUCCCCUCCAUCAGCAUCAGCCGCCAAUCCAGCAUCCUCAGGCCCAGCAGCCGCUUCCGCGCCACCCACUGAAGACCCAACCCCCGUCGGCGCCCUCUGGACAGCAUCCUGGAACAGUACCACGCUCGCCCCAUAUACGCAAUCCUGCGCCUCGCGCUCAACAUACAAAGGCACGAUCUACAAGCUCGCCCAACUGUACCCCGACCUCGAGACCUUCGCGCCCCAGCUCAAAGUCUUCUACAACAAGCAGCUCUACCCUGGGUCUUGGGACGGUAUCGAUAAGCACGGCAACGACAGGGAGCUGAUCAAGAUGGACAUGACUGACUUGCCGUGGAAGGUGCGGGAGUGGAUUAAGAAGGAGAGUACGCAGCGACAUUAUAGUGUUCAUGAUGACAUUGUGUUCUUUGCGCCGGGAGCCAUUUACCCGAUUCUGCCCUUGUGGGUGGAAGGUGGGGAUGAGGUGGAGUGUAGCGAUGUGUUUGAUGGACUGGAUGCGUAUUCGAAUGAGCCGGCGGAUGGGAAGACGAUUGGGAAAGUCAGCCAUAAGGAGAGUGGUGAAGGUGAGGUCGAGUUUACGGUUGAGGCGUUGCAGGUUAAGCUGCAGGCUGGUGGGGAGAGGAGCGAGCUAUAAGGGC